GCCCUCUCACUGCUCCUCUAUCUCCCUUGAGGCACAUGUGGGAGUCAUUUGGGGGACCCUGUGGGGGUGGCUCUGCUGUACCUCCCCAUGCGCUCCAGCUUUGCUCAGGAGCCCGGGGUCGGGGAGUGGGGCGGGCAAGGCGGCUGGUGUCCUUCUAUGGCCCCUUCCCUGCAGGAGACCCACUGGCGCACCCUCUUGGUUUCAACAGGCUGCCCCCCUCGCCUGGCCACUCCCAAGAGUCCCUUGACCCCCAAGCCUAAGAAGGGUGGUGGCGGCAGCUAGGGCACCUUUUCCAAGAAGCCUGCGACUGUGGCUGUGGAACGCACGCUGUCUCCCGGGCUCCUUCCUGCGCAGGUCGCGCCCGCAGAGCAUGGGGGCCCCGCGCGUUCCGGAGCGGACCGUGCUGUUCCAGCGCGAAAGGAGCGGCCUGACAUACCGCGUGCCCGCGCUGCUGCCCGUGCCGCCCGCGCCCACCCUGCUGGCGUUCGCGGAGCAGCGGCUCAGCCCCGACGACGCGCACGCGCACCGGCUGGUGCAAAGGAGGGGCUCGCUGGCCGGGGGCUCCGUGCGGUGGGGCGCCGCGCGGGUGCUGGGGACGGCGGCCCUGGAGGAGCACCGCUCCAUGAACCCCUGCCCGGUGCACGACGCCCGCACGGCCACCGUCUUCCUCUUCUUCAUCGCGGUGCGGGGCCGCACGCCUGAGGCCUCGCAGAUCGCCGCGGGCAAGAACGCCGCGCGCCUCUGCUGCGUGACCAGCCGGGACGCUGGGCGCAGCUGGGGCGCCGCCCGGGACCUCACGGAGGAGGCGGUGGGCGGCGCUGAGCAGGACUGGGCCACGUUUGCUGUGGGCCCGGGCCACGGCAUCCAGCUGCGCUCAGGCCGCCUGCUGGUGCCAGCCUACACGUACCACGUGGACAGGCGGGAAUGCUUCGGCAAGAUCUGCAGGACCAGUCCGCAUGCCUUUGCCUUCUACAGUGACGACCACGGUCGUACCUGGCACCACGGAGGCCUUGUGCCCAACCUUCGUUCGGGCGAGUGCCAGCUGGCCUCGGUGGACGGCGGGCAGGCAAGCAGCAUCCUGUACUGCAACGCCAGGAGCCCCCUGGGCAGCCGCGUGCAGGCGCUCAGUGCAGACGAGGGCACCUCUUUCCUGGCCGGGGAGCUGGUGCCUGCCCUGGCCGAGACCGCCCGGGGCUGCCAGGGCAGCGUCCUAGGCUUCCCUGCCCCAGUCUCCAGCAGGCCGAGGGGUGACAGCUGGCCAGUGGGUGCCAGGAACCACUCCCGCACUUCACACCUCUGUCUUGGAGUCCAGGAACCCUCAGAGGAGGGCCCCAGGGCGAUGGAAGGGUGUAGGGACAGCCCCGAUGGGCUCUGUGGGAUCACGGCGGCCUGGACCCCGAAGGUGCCCAGGCCUCUUGCCACCCUGUCUCAGAGCCCCACCUGGCUGCUGUAUUCCCACCCAGUGGGGCGCAGGGCUCGACUCCACAUGGGAAUCUAUUUGAGCCGGUCCCCCUUGGACCCCCGCAGCUGGACAGAGCCCUGGGUGAUCUAUGAGGGCCCCAGUGGCUACUCUGAUCUGGCAUCCAUCGGGCCAACUGUCAAGGGAGCCCUGACCUUUGCUUGUCUGUUUGAGAGCGGGGCCAGGGUCUCCUACGAAGAGGUCUCUUUCUGCAUGUUCUCCCUCGCUGAGGUCCUGCAGAACCUGCCACCGGCCCCCCAGCCACCAGACCUCGGGGGCAAGCGUCCGGAGCACUGCCGGCCUUCCUGACGGCCUCUCUGGUCUGACCCGUUUGUGUGUGUGUAUGCCUUGAAAUACAAAACAAAAGUAGGCAGACUUCUAGGAGAAAAUAGAUCCACUGUUACAGUAGAAAAUUGUAGAUGCAAGUCUCAGUAACCAACAGAGUGAGAGACAAAAUCAGGGGCACACGAAGCUCUAGCCAGCUUGCCCAAAAACGUGGCUCCGCGGACACAUGCAGAGCACUGCAUGGAACAGAAUGCACGGUCUGCUCAAAAUUGAUAUUGGCUCAUGGAGUCAAGUCUCUACAAGACUUCAAAGGGUUGAGAAUUACAGUGAAAUUGAGCCAGAAUAAAAACAAAAGGGAACUUAAAAUCUUCCUUAUGGGAACGCCUGGAGGGCUCAGUUAGUUAAGCAUUGGACUCUGGAUUUCGGUUCAGGUUGUGAUCUCACAGUUCAUGGGACCGAGCCCUGGGUUGGGCUCUGUGCUGAGCUUGGAAUUCUGUCCCUCCCUCUGCCUCUGCCCAUCCCUCGCUUGAUCUGUGUCGCUCAAAAAAAAGUUGUUUUUUUUUUUAAUCUUCCUUGUGUCUGAAAAUUGAGAAACACAAAUCUGAAUUACUCCUGGUUCAAAGAAGAUGCUACAGUGAAAAUGAGAAGAGACAUUGAAAUUAAUUCUGUGAGCACUGCAGGCAACCUGUGAGCUGAGCUGAGCAGUAUGGGCUGUGUGGGGGCGGGGGAGGUGUCCCAAUGCCACCACCUUAGAAAGUGACGGUAAGUGGACCCCAGAGAAGCUAAGGAAGGGAACAGGCAAGAGCAGGACUAGAGUGACAGGAGACCUCAGACACCAGAGGGAAUGAACAGUCAGAGCUGGGUUUUUAGAAAACUAACAAAACUGAUAAACGCCUCAUGAGGCUGAUCGUAAAAGACAGCGAACACACAAAUAACCAGUAAUGACAACGAGACAGGACACAGGAGGCCCCUAUGGAUGUUCACAGACUUCAAGAAGAUAUUAGGAAUUUUUUAUAUGAAUGGACAAUUCCUGGAAAAAUACAACUUAUUAAAAAGGAAAUAAAGAAAAUCUGAAAAUCCUAUUAAAGAAUUUAAUUCUGUAAUUUAAAA